CAAGAAGGAAACGUGUCUUGUUCAUUCCUCAUGAAACUUUCUGAACAGGCUACUUCACCUGUGUGAAACAUGGAGAUAUACGCCAAAGAUAUAAAAAAAACCAAGCCAGCGUUGUUUUCUAACCUAAAGAUCUUUGUGUUGUGUCAUGGCUUGCUCCAGCUCACUCAACUCUUGUACAGCUCUUAUUUCAAGAGCACCAUCACCACAAUAGAGAGACGCUUUGGCCUGGAUAGCCUUUCCUCAGGAACCAUUUCUUCACUCCAUGAGGUAGGGAACACUGUAUUGAUAGCGUUUGUCAGUUACUUGGGUAGUCGGGUUCAUCGACCUCGCUUCAUUGGACUGGGUGGCAUGCUAAUGUCAAUUAGCGCCCUGAUCCUAACUCUACCUCACUUCCUGUCUCAGCCCUACACCUAUGACUCUGUUCUACAUGCAAAAAGACAGGACAUGUGUUAUUUGCAUGCAAAUGCAACAGGUGCUGAGGUUUGUGGUCAAGAGGAUGCUCGGAAGCUUGUGGACACCAGUACAUUUUGGGUGUUAAUGGCUACGGCCCAGCUGCUGUUUGGAAUUGGUUCUGUUCCUAUCCAACCUUUUGGCAUCUCAUACAUAGAUGACUUUGCAGGGCCUGAAAAUUCUCCUCUCUAUAUUGCUAUUCUCUUUGCUGUGUCAGUGUUUGGACCUUCUUUUGGAUACCUCCUGGGCUCUGUGGUUCUGCGGAUUUAUGUGGAUGUGGACAGAGCCGAUUCUAGGGAGACAUUGGAGUUGACCCCUACUGACCCUCGCUGGGUUGGCGCAUGGUGGAUGGGUCUGCUCAUCACUGCUGGAGGUCUUGCUCUCACCUCCAUCCCAUACUUCUUCUUUCCUAAAACCCUUCAUGUGGAGAAGUCCUUCGAACUGGAGGGUGAGAUCAUGAAAGAUGACAACAAGAAAUCACAAGAGAGCUCCAUGCUGGAUUUCUUUAAAAUGUUCCCGAAGAUGUUUGUUAAGUUGUUGCUAAGUCCUCUCUUCUUGCUGCUGGUUCUGACCCAGUGCUGCUUCUCCUCUGUGAUCGCUGGACUCGCCACCUUCUUCAACAAGUUCCUGGAGCGCCAGUACAGUGCCUCUGCUGCCUACAGCAGCCUUCUUAUAGGUGCUUUAAAUCUGCCAUCUGUUGCUGUGGGGAUGGUGCUCGGGGGUUUGAUUAUGAAGCGCUGGGGAUUGUCCUUCAGAGUCAUUCCACGCUUCUCUGUCAUAAUGCUCACCAUCUCUAUCUUUUUCUGUGUGCCACUCUUCUUCAUGGGGUGCCCCACACAAGAUGUUGCUGGUGUUUAUUCCAAAAAAUCUAAUGCCACUAAUGGGCUGCUCCUGUCCUGUAGUGCCAAUUGCUCCUGUACCACCAGUGCCUUUAACCCUGUGUGUGGGGAAAACAACAUUGAAUACAUCUCACCCUGCCAUGCAGGGUGCACAAACUUCACCAUGGAUCCCAACAACCCAUACAGAGUCCAGGUUUAUAGUAACUGCCACUGCAUUCCUAAUAUGGGCACUGCCAAGCCUGGCCCUUGUGCCAACAGAUGCCCCCACUUUCUCCUGCCUGUAAUGUUCCUCAUCUCUCUGGCCGGGCUUAUUGCAAGUUUAACACACAACCCUAUCUACAUGAUGGUGCUAAGGGUAGUUCCUCCAGAAGAGAAGUCUUUUGCCAUUGGUAUCCAAUUUCUGCUACUCAGGGUUCUGACUUGGUUGCCAGCCCCGGCUCUAUUUGGAAUGACCAUAGACUCCACAUGUAUAUGGUGGAAAACUGCUUGUGGGAAAAAGCAAGGCUGUGGUUACUAUGACAACAACCUCCUUAGAGACAGGUAUCUAGGACUUCAGGUGGGCUAUAAGAUAGUAGGCAUUACACUCAUGGCAUUUAUUGGCUGGAAAAUGCAUCGGACCAGAGAGUACAGCUUAGAGAAAACGCUUGAGGAACCUCUGUGAUGCCUCAACCCUGCUUAGCCCACCGGCCUUAACUUUUGAGAACCUCCUCAGUGAGUUUGAGCCCUUGAAUGUCUUUCAUCAGAAGCCUCUCGUUCCAACACCUGGCUGGAAAUGUCAUGAAUUCAGUUUGGAUAUUUCUCAAGUUGUACAAUGAGUGACAGCUUGGGUAUUAAUUCCCCCCUACAAGAACGGACCCUAACUGGAUAGAUUCAGGGACAUGGUGCCAGCUUGCCACCUCAUCCACAUUUAUUUUCGUGAAAAAAUGAGCAAUACACAGAGUUCAAAAACUGUAAUGCUCUCUGGACAUUCAUCCAAACUUUAGCAACAGUUUUCAUCUGCAGUAAGUAAUUUCCAAACAAAACAUAAUACAAAUGUCCAUUUAUAUAUAUAUCUUUGUAUUCUAUUUUAAGACUAUUUGAAAGAUGUAGGAUGCUCUGUAUACCAAAAUGCACACAUAUAAACCUGAGUGUUCAAUCAAAUGUUGUAAAUUGUAGGGUUGUAAAUCAAACGUUUCAUCAUGAUAAAAUCUUGAAUCGAUUCUCUUGGCCUGCAAUCCGAUAUUUGCCGGUACUUCAAAGUCUGCCGCGAUACAAUUCGAUUCAGGGGCCUGCGAUCGAUAUUCCGGUAUUAUGAGCCUAUUUUACACAAAAUUCCCUCAAAUGCUAACAAAAUAUAAUUUUAUUAAUUUAUUCAGAUCUCUGUAUCCACACUGGCACAUCCACAACAAAAUAAGGUACUUCUGAUGUUGAAAAAAAAAAAAGAUAUAGCCUACAGAUAGAUAAUAUAACAUAUAAAGUCUCACACACAAGUGAUCAUCAAUUGUUUGAUGACAGCUAAUUUUUCAGUUUAGUCCAAUUCAGAAUAGCCUACUUACAUACAAAUUUGUUUCCAACUAUCCCUGCUAUCCGCGGUUUUCUUGGAUGAAAAAUUGUGUUCCAGUUAACAGCGAUAAAUGUUAGUAAGGGUGUUGAUGUGUAGAUGUGUAAAGUCUUAUAACUGAUGCUGGAGCUGAGCAUGUGAUUUCUCUUGCCCUCGUUAGUGCUGUUCAGAAUGUCGGCUUUGUCAAGACCUUUCACAUGAUGGUUGAACCACGGUACUUUAAAAUAGCAAUGAUAUUGAUGGAAGCUGAUAUUUUAGUGAUCUGCUCUGCGUUUGUCACGAGAACUCACAUUUUAAGGAGUGCCCGGCUGAUGCGUAUGAGGUGCCCCUAGGGACAUUAUUCAGAAUUACCAUGCACAUACAUGUACUUUUCCUC